CCGCCCGGUCAAGCCUCUUUCCGAAGCGGCUCCGGCGGCCGCAUCCCUGGCCUCGGCGGUGCGCGCGGAGCUGCAGGUAUGGCGGUCUCCGCUGAGGGCGCCCGCAGGAAGGAGCGCGUCCUCUGCCUGUUUGAUGUGGACGGGACCCUCACGCCGGCUCGCCAGAAAAUUGAUCCUGAGGUGGCUGCCUUCCUGCAGAAGCUGCGGAGUAGGGUGCAGAUCGGUGUGGUCGGUGGCUCCGACUACUCUAAGAUUGCUGAGCAGCUGGGAGAGGGGGAUGAAGUCAUCGAGAAGUUUGAUUAUGUGUUUGCCGAGAAUGGGACCGUGCAGUAUAAGCAUGGACGGCUGCUCUCCAAGCAGACCAUCCAGAACCACCUGGGGGAGGAGCUACUGCAGGACUUGAUCAACUUCUGCCUCCGCUACAUGGCCCUGCUCAGACUGCCCAAGAAGCGCGGAACCUUCAUCGAAUUCCGGAACGGCAUGCUGAACAUCUCGCCCAUCGGCCGGAGCUGUACCCUGGAGGAGCGAAUCGAGUUCUCCGAGCUGGACAAGAAGGAGAAGAUCCGGGAGAAGUUUGUGGAAGCCCUGAAAACAGAGUUUGCCGGCAAAGGGCUGAGGUUCUCUCGAGGCGGCAUGAUCAGCUUUGACGUCUUCCCUGAGGGCUGGGACAAGCGUUACUGCCUGGACAGCCUGGACCAGGACAGCUUCGACACCAUUCACUUCUUUGGGAACGAGACCAGCCCCGGUGGGAAUGACUUCGAGAUCUACGCUGACCCCCGGACCGUCGGCCACAGCGUGAUCUCUCCGCAGGAUACAGUACAGCGAUGCCAUUUCCGUCUACGCCGGGAGGAGGACUGUGCUAGUCUUGGUACGAGAUAGAGCCCGCUCUGCUUGCCUGUCCCAGGCAGGGCGCAGAGCACCAGGGAAGGUGCGUAUUUGCCAGAACUUUCUCUCACAAACAUUAAAGUU